GACAUCAAAUUCUAAACUAAAGGUAAAACAAAUAGAGUCAGCAACUUGAAGAAGAAAAUAAAAGCUUCUUUAAUAAGACUCUUCUUCUCAGUUCUCACACUCCACUCGACAUUCCUUUAUAAGUAGUGGAAGCUAUCUACAACAGAGCCAUACACAUACAAUUUCCAUCAUGUCGACAGCACCACAAACCCAUCUCCUCGCAUACCCUUUCCCAUCAUCCGGUCACGUAAUCCCCCUCAUCGACCUCACAAAAAACCUCAUCUCUCGCAACAUACACAUCACCAUUUUACUAACUCCAUCAACCCAACACCUUGUCCCAACAAACUAUUCCCCUCUUCUCCAAACUCUCAUUCUCCCUGCAUCUCAAUUCCCUAACCCAAAUCAAAACAGACUCGUUGCUUUAGUCUCUUUCAUGCGUCAACACCACUACCAAAUCAUCCUUAACUUUGCACAAACCCACCCUUUACCUCCUUCAGCUAUAAUCUCUGACUUUUUCCUUGGUUGGACUCAUCUCCUUGCACGUGAUCUCCACGUGCCGCGUUUAGUCUUUUCGCCUUCUGGAGCCUUUGCAUUCUCUGUCUCAUUCACCUUAUGGCGUGACUUACCUCAAAAUGACAACCUGAAUAAUCCAAAUUCCGUAGUUUCGUUCGCGGAUUUACCGAAUUCCCCAGUUUACCCUUGGUGGCAAAUUUCUGAGCUGUUUCGAAAUAGAAAAAGCCAAACCGAUUGGGAGAAUAUAAAGAACGAUUUUCUAUUUAAUCAUGAAGCUUGGGGAGUGGUUUUCAACUCUUUCAUUGAUUUAGAACCGGCUUACUUAAACCAUAUGAAGAAAGAACUUGGACACGAGAGAGUUUGGGCCGUGGGUCCAGUUUUGCCACUUGAAUCCGGUUUAACUGAACCGGAAGAAAGAGGUGGUGCAAGCACUGUCUCGUGUCACGAACUAACCGCAUGGCUCGACCGUCUCGAAAACGGUUCGGUGGUUUACGUUUGUUUUGGAAGCCGUACAGUUCUUACUACAGCAGAGAUGGAGGUUUUGACAUGUGCAUUGGAGUUAAGUGGGGUCCAUUUUGUGUUAUCAGUGAGGGCUCACGUGGCGGAGGAUUGUGUUAAGAUACCAAGUGGCUUCAUCGAACGAGUGAGAGGAAGUGGGAAAGGGUUUGUGAUUGAAGGAUGGGCACCACAGUUGGUGAUACUGAGUCACCGUGCAGUGGGAUCGUUUUUGACUCAUUGUGGAUGGAACUCGGUGUUGGAAGGGUUGGUUUGUGGUGUGGUGAUGCUGACGUGGCCGAUGGGUGCAGAUCAGUAUACGAAUGCGAAGCUGUUGGUGGAUGAGUUGGGUGUUGCGGUUCGAGUUGGAGAAGGAGAUAUGAAGGUUCCGGAAAUUGCGGAGUUUGCGGAGAUACUGAAAGGUUCUUUGGGAAGGACGAAGGAGAGGGUGAGAGUUGAAGAGUUAAGGGAUGCUGCUUUGGGUGCUAUUAAGGAAAAUGGAAGUUCUCAGAAAGAGUUGGAUGGGUUAGUGAAGGAGCUUAAUGAACUUAGAAAUGAUUAAUUUGAGAUUUUAGUGUUUUAAGGAAAUGUCUUGUUUUGGUUUUAUAUUUUAGGUUCAUUCAUUUAAUGAUGUAUGUGGUCUAAAAUAAAGACUAUGUACAUCAUUAAAUGAAUAAAUCUAAAAUACAGAUUUUUGCUUAUAAUAGUGACCGGAGGGUGUAGGUGAUUUAAUUCAAAGUUUUGUGCAAUGUUGGUACGAACUACAUAAAGAAGGGAAGAACGAAAACACAUGUGUGAGACCUAGAUUACCCCCUCUUAUUUAGAGGAUAUUUAUCCUUUUAAGAUAUCAACAAAUCAAAAUGUAAUAUACAAAUGUAACGUUAAAUGUUAGAUAAAUGAGUCAAUUUUUCCAUAAAAG